CGGAAUUGCCUUUAAAUAGCCACGCUGGAGCCAGGAGCUCUCCACAGGAUCCCUGGGCGAGAAACACUCCAAGGAGAAGGCCACUCUUGGUCGCUGGCACCAAUUGGAAAAGCGGCAGCUCCAUCGUGACCCCAGCCAUGUCGACCUCCUUGCGGGUGAGCCCUUCAGUCCACGGCUAUCGCUUUGAUACUGCCCUGCGCAAGAAAGCCGUGGCCAACAUCUUCGAGAACUUGGACCAAGAGUCCUUGGAGAAGCUCUUCAAACACUCCGGGGACCGGAAGGCUGAAGAGCGGGCCAAGAUCAUCCUGGCUCCAGACCAAGAACUGGAGGAGAAAGCCCGGUCGCUCAUGGCUUUGAAGCAGAGGACCAGAGAGAAACUCUUCCAGUUCCUCAAGUUUGGGAAGCACUCCAUCAAAGUCCACUGAAGAAGGUAGGACGGGAUGGAAAGAGCGCAAGUCCUUAGUCCAGAUGUAUCACUUUGGGCAUCACCAGAUGCCACGAGGAGGAAGGAUGCUGGGAGAUGAUGAGCGUCCAGUCCCAUUGCUGGACACUUGAAACACUCAAACUGUAAAGGAGCCAAAGCUUUGGUCAGUGAGCCAAAUGGACAGCAGUCCCUGAGCCACGAAGUAAGGAGGGCAACCGGCGGCACAGUCGGGCACAUUUUCCGAUGCCAACAAGAAUCUGGAUGGCUUUCCUCCAGACUGACAAUCUUUUCUGAGACUUGUUUAUUGAAUGUCGAAAGCCUUCCGUAAGCCUCUCCCUGUUGUCUGUUGGGAUGAAAGGGGAUUAGAGAGCGAUCCAUGACUUUGUCUAUUUGCAUUUGUUUAAAAUGCACUACGAGAAGCGCACGGCGUCUUUGGUGUUGUAAUGCACAACAAUGCUCCAGGGAGAGGACUGGCUUUGGGGACAGCAUGAAACAGACGCCGAGUCUCAAACUAGUCGCGCACAAGUUUCCUUUCGAAAAAGGAAGCUUCGUUCUGCAUUGAAUGAACUGGGGAGGUCUCUUUGGGACAUUGAGUUCUCUUGAUAUCGAAAGGCGGUUUCGAGUGUGUGCUUCCAGAAAAACAAAACAAAAGAAUUGUAAGCGCCUUAAGUGCAAUUCUUGCUGUGAAUUUUGCAAGCGACAGACAAUGUUUGCAACAAUGCUGUAUUUCUGUCUUUUGCAUCCGCUCAUCUGUCGAACAAAUAAAUUAUAAUUUUGAUAGAAA